AUGAAUGAAGCUUUAGCCUUCCUAUUCUUCUUAACAACAGUUUCUUUAACAAAAUCAGAAAAUGAUUGCGCAGCUAGAUUUCUAUCUUACCCAGUCGCUCCGACCAGAUUGAGCUACAACUCGAGCUUCAGCUACAUCCACCAGAAUGUCCAUGGAACGGAACAAUGGCAGAAUAUCACCAGGGAGAUAUUCGCGAGGAACCCCGACAUAGAAGGGUUGAUUUUGAGCACUGAAACAAAGGCGAUCUUGGCGCUUAAUAUAAAGGAACGUUUGAAAAUAUUUCCGAAUAAAACUUCGGAGACCGAGAUGUUCUGGGAUUCGCAUAAAGCUGCAGAUUUAGGUUGGAACAAACCGUUCAAAGACUGCAAUUUCUACAGGAACCAGUGGUUUUAUGUGUACAGCUUUAAGACUGCCCCCUUUAGAGUUAGUUUAUUUAUUAAAAUUAGGUUAAAUCAAUGUGAUAAAGCGCAGGAGGAGAUCUUCAAUGGGACUCAUCGCUGUGAUGAGGAGUCUUCAGAGUGUGUUAGUGAUAGCGAUUCAGAGCAAAUAGACCAAUAUCGCUGCGUUUGCCGACAAGGCUACUAUUAUCAGGGAGCUAAUUCGACUUGGAGAGGAUUCAGACCGCGAGAGGAGGACAAAUCUGAUGGAAUCGAUUCCCCACAUUUGCAGAGGUGCAUAAGAUGUCCAAAAGAAUGCAAAGAGGAAUGUGAACCAAACGAUCUUUGCAGUGCAAAAAAAGACGUUUUCAUCAAAACUGCCAUCCUCAUCAUUCAAUUAAUAUGUAUGGGGAUCACUUUAAUUUUAGCCCUUGUGGUUUUCAAACAGAGAAAAACAAAAUCAAUAGCCACUGGUAUGUGGACCAUUCUGGAAACAAUCCUUUUUGGAAUUUUCAUCCUAUACUCUACGGUUGUGGUAAAGAUCUUUGAACCAUCUGUAGUGCAAUGCAUGCUGGAACCAUGGGCUCGAGAAGUUGGGUUCAUCAUAUGCUACGGAGCCAUAAUACUUAAACUGUACAGACAUUUGAUAGAGUUUAGGACCAGGAAAGCUCAUAGAUGGGUUGUGAAGGAUACAGACCUCCUCAAAUAUUUGCUGAUAAUGAUCAUGUCGGUGUUGACGUAUAUGGCAGCUUAUACCUCGAUUACCUUGAAUUUUAUGCAGGAAAAUUAUAGCUUGUUGUUUCUUGGAAAGACUAACCAAGGGCUUCACUAUCAAGCUUGCAAGUCGUUGUGGUGGGAUUAUGUUACGGAGACUGGGGAAAUAGUAAUACUUAUUUUUGGUAUACAUUUAAGCUAUGCCAGUAGGAAUGCAAGAACUCAGUUUCAUGAAAGAAGCUUUCUAUGCGCCGCUAUUAGCAUAGAACUGGCGGUUAGCACAUUGUUCUACGCAGCGAGGGUACUAAUAUUACCAGGCCUCCACCCUAACUUAGUUCUUAUAUGUUACUGUAUAAGAACUCAACUAUCAGCUACCUUGACAUUGCUGCUAGUUUUCGUGCCGAAAUUUUGGUAUCAGCAGAAGCAAGUGAGGUCUUUGGGGCAGGAGUAUUCCUGCAGGAUACCUAUAGAAGGAUUCAAGGAUGUAAACGCUCAUGGCCCCCUAACAGGUAAUAAUAGCGACGUAGAUGUAGGGGAAGUAACUUUGGCCGACAUGAGCCCCGACGACAUAAGGGCAGAGUUAAAACGUCUCUACCUGCAGCUAGAAAUUUUUAAGAGCAAAACUAUUUGUCGUGAUAAUCCACACAUAUCGAAAAGGCGGGGAGGGAGAAAGGCACAACACAGAAGAUUCAGUUUACAGAAAAAGGGAAGCAGGGAAAAGAAUCUGCACGGCAAAAGGGACCGCGACCGUCAGAAAAAGGAACAGGAAGAGGUAACGGAAGCGGAACCGUCCCGCACGCCGGAAGACAGCGUUUGCAGCAACGAGGGCCCCAGCGCCAUCUAUGCAGACCUCCCAUCCACCGCCCAAACCAGCGCCACCACAUAG